AUGCCUGCGCCAGAAGUCCCUACCUCCAGCUCCGAUCCUGUAGCAGAGGAGGAGCUGGAGCGGGAGGAGACUUUUGCCCUGGAGGUGGUCAGCUUUGCGGCCCAGCGGUCCGAUCUUGAGACUCGGCUCGCUGCCCAGCGGUCCGAGCUUGAGACCCGCAGCCAGGGUCUCGAGAUCCGCAAGCAGGAGCUGGAUGAGCUUUCUGGGACCCUGGCUGGAUGGCGGAAGCAGCUGGAGGAGAGGGCCAGCAAGCUGGCUAUUGCCGAGUCGGAGCUGGAGGACGAUAGGAAGUCCCUUGACAGACGGGAAUCCCUCACCGCCAGCAUGGAGAAGCAGCUCGAGCGCCAGCACGACUCCCUCAAGAAGCGGAAGGAGUCGGCGGAGAAGAGGAAGGCAGAGCUCGAGGAGAGGCUCCGCGAGGUGGAAACAGCCAAGGCAGCUCUGGACAGCCGGGUCCAGGAGGCGGUCCGGAAGCUGCAGGAGGAGCAGCGCGCGGGGGCCCGGCGGAUCGUCGACUGGGCGGGCGAAGCGAGCUUAGCGCUGUACCCCGGCGCCCUGGCCCCCUGGCAGAUAGGUUCAGUUGUAAGGACAUAUCUUCCAUCGGAGCCGCAGAAGACACUCCGGACUCCCGUGUGA